CUCUCAGUCUUCUGCCGACUCUACAAUCCAACAUGGAGUGAACGCGGCGCGGCGAUGGGGCUCGCGCAGGGCCGUCCUCCUCUUCCUCCUCCUCUUCCUCCUCCUCACCAAGAGCAGCUCGCGACUGCAGUCGCGGCGUUGUCGUCGUCGCGCGCGCGCUCCUCACGCUCACAGACCGAAGAUUCCAACGUCCGCGAGACCGUCGGGCUGGAUUCUAUAGAAUAUAUAAAGGGUGGCGCACGCGCGCACACUGCUUAAAGUGCAAGACGAAAAACAAACAAACAAACAAACAAACAAACAAAAAAGAAAGACGCGCUUUAAAAAAAAAAAAAAAAAAAAGGUAUAUAGCUAGAAGAAAGAAAACUGGGGGGUGUGGAGGGGACACCGAGACACCGACCGGAUCGGUGGGAGACAAAAUGGAGCCUGGACGCUGGUGCGCGCGCGCUCUGGGAUGUUAUUAUUGUAGGUGAAACGAGGGAGAUAAAAUGACCGAGGAAUCACAGCCAGACGAUGACGACUACCUGGUGCGUGUCAAGGCAGUAGUGAUGACGAGGGACGACUCAAGCGGUGGUUGGCUGGCUCAGGAAGGGGGCGGGCUCAGCCGGGUGGGCGUGUGUAAGGUGUCUCCAGUAGACCUGGACCUCCUUGGCCGUAACGGGUUCCUCAUCUACGGAGAGAGACUCCGAGACAAGCAGGUGAUCCUCAAGUGCUUCCUGAAGAAGGAUCUGAUCUACACUAAAGCCACUCCCACAUUCCAUCACUGGCAAGUCGACAACAGAAAGUGCGGCCUGACGUUCCAGAGUCCGGCGGACGCUCGUGCCUUCGACCGUGGCGUCAGGAAGGCCAUCGAAGACCUGACUGAUGGUUCCACCACGUCCUCGUCUACUCUACAGAACGAGACGGAGCUGGGAGACGACGAUGUCUUUACGACUGCCACAGACAGCUCGUCGAACUCGUCUCAGAAGAGGGAGCCGUCGCUGCAGACUCUCGCACCGAUCAGCUUCUGUGAAUCGCAUCACCACCAGUGCAUUCUGGGACAUCUCUACAACCAGCACAGGCACUCCGAACAUUACUUCUUGGACCAGGCGGUGCCAAUGUUCCCCCACGUUCCUGUGAACUUCCUGGAGGAAGAGGAGGAGCUUGUGCGGAUAAACCCGCGUGAGCGUGCCUGGCUAACGGGCUACGAGGACUACCGCCACGCCACCACGGCCGCCCACAAACUCCUGCACCCGGAACCUACGGACACUUACGUCUCCUUCGCCAAGAGCGAAGUGCCCAAACACGACUACACUUACCCAUACCCGCACAGGCUCUCUGGAGACGACGGUAAAUCAGGCAUCAGUGGUGGCGUGGUGUCGUGCCAGCCUCGGGCCCCGUGGCGCACGGAGGACGAACGUGUGCGCUGCGUGUACUGCCGAGACGUGUUCAGCCCCUCACAGAACCGGCGCGGACAGUGCCAGGAAGCGCCCGACCCAGUGGUGGCGCUCAUACGGCGCGUGAGCUUCAUGUGGUGUGCCGACAGCCUGCUGUACCACUGCAUGGCCGACGCCGAGGGCGAGUACUCAGAGCCGUGCUCCUGUGACCCCAGUGACGGGCGUCUCGUCCUGCGCUGGCUUGCGUUGCUCGGCCUGUCGCUCAUCGCACCCUGCAUGUGCUGCUACGCACCGCUGCGUGCCUGCCAUCGCUGCGCUGUUGCAUGCCACUGCUGCGGCGCUCGACACAAGGCCGCCGGGUGACACGGACAGACAAGUGGAGGGAGACUGACGUGAGCAAACGUCACACGGUGACUUUUUUUUCCACAGGGUUUUGGUUUCUCCGGACACCUGAUGUGUUAUCAGUUAUUUUUGGUGCCAUUCAAUUCAGCUUCUAUGCCAUUAACAGUAAAUUCAUUUAUAUAGUCAUUUAUAUAUAUAUAUAUAUAUAAUAAAGUGUAUAUAUACACACACCUGGAUAUAUAUAUAUAUAUCCAGGUACUUUAACGUUUUUACAAUAUUGUUUCGUUUUUGUUUACUUUUCGUUCCGUCGCCGUGGCCUGCCAAUCCGAGGUGGAGCUCUCCCCUCCCAUCGGAGGCGUUUAACUCGUACGUGAACGUCCAUCCUGUCCAAACAGACAAACCCGAAUGUGUGCUGUAUCUGUAUGUGAUGAAAUGGAGACAAAAAUGUGGAAAUUAUUUUUUUGCUGAAGCCAAAACGAUAAGCUGCCGAGCGUGUGUACGGGCUGAAUGUGCCACAGUGAAGUACAACUGUGAUAGAAAAGUGUGUGUGUGUGUGUGUGUGUGUGAGAGAGAGAGAGAGAGAGAAACCUCAGAAUGGAAUCGUCUGGAUUUCUCCAUGAAAGGGUUUUAAACUGUCAUAAUAACAACUAAAAGACAAUCUUAUUUAACAAACGUUAUUUCACAUUUCCAUUCAUUUAUCGCGCGAUGGUUAAGGGUAGUUCUUCGUUAACGGAAUUACAUUCACAGCAAAAUGUGAUAACUUUUUUUUUUUUUAGUUGCAGUACUCAAGAUAAUGGUAUUAAAGCAUAGCCUCUAGCGGCGAUAAACGGCCCUCGCACUCGGCACUGUGAUGCCUUCUAGCCUCACCCAAGGCAACUAACCUAAAAAUAAUAAACCUUUGCACUAUUUUCACAAGUGCACGAAAUUUCCUCAGUUUUCGAAUAUUUCCAAAGUGUCAAAUCUGUAUGUUUGAACUAGGGGGCGCUAUGGAGUUAAUGAAGCCCACCUAGACUGAUUCAACUCAAAUUAUAUCCUAGGACAAAUGCAUGUGCAAAUUUCCAUGAGUUUUUAGCCAUAGUGAGCCUCUCAAAACAGCGUAGGAAAAUUAAAAAAUCCCACAUUCUAUCCAGCAUGGCUGACUUCCUGUUGGGCGGAGUCAAGUAGAACCAAGUGAACUUUGUCCUGUAUCACAAGAGUAUUGAUCACACCGAAUCUUGUGCCUAUCUGAGAAACUUCAUCUCAACCAUAGCUUGUUCUGGGGGGCGCUGUAGAGCUCCAGGACCACGCCCAGUCCCUUCUUUAAUGUAACUUUGUGAUUUUAUGCAUGUGAUCAAAAUUCUUGCGUUUUCAAGCAUCACACGUGCCUCAAAAACAAUAAGAAAAACCACGCCGGAAACAAUAAGGCUUUGCACCUGCGGUGCUUGAGCCCGAAUAAAUAUUUCACACUGUAUGGGGUAUCUUUUAACCCUAAAAAAAUUGGCUACGUUUAACUCCGAACGCAAAAUUAGAAAUUUAUGAGGAAAGAAAAGUCAGUAACGGAAUUAUGUCAGAAAAAAAACUGAACUUUCAUUUCAUAAAAUUCAAACCAAGAUUUCUCUGAAGCAAUGUUGCGAUAAUUGAGGCGAUUUUUUUAAAAAUACGGUUUUCAGUCCAUUUUGCCUCGGAUUCUGUACUUUAGUGACAUCACUGAGCUGACACGUUAAUAAUUUCAUAAUUUUGACCUCUCUGCUGAAGAACUGUCCUUAAACCGUUAACGUCGCCGAUGAUGGGGGGGGAAACACAUCCAAACCCUUUUUAUUGAUGUGUAUUUUUGUUGAAAUUUCUUUACAUGCUGACACAGUGUGUGUUCUCAGAUCAGGCAGGAAGGUGUUCGAAGGAUUCCAUAAAUAAAUAAAUAAAUAAAUUUCCUAUAAUGUUCGUAUAAACCAGAGAAUGUUACGAGAACGUUACAGUAACGUUUUGAGUCAGUUACGCUACGUUCACACUGCAGGCUGAAGUGACUCAAAUCCGAUCUUUUCGCCCAUAUGUGACCUGUAUCCGAUCUUUUAUUGACAAUAUGAACGACACAGAUCCGAUUUUUUCAAAUCCGACCCAGGCCGUUUGGAUAUGUGGUCCUAAUUCCGAUCCCUAUCCGAUCUUUUCAUAUGCGACUUCAGUCUGAACCGCCAGGUCGCAUUCGUCCGACUUACACGUCAUCAACAAGCCACAAACGUCACUAUUCUGCGCUGAAGUAGGCGGCGGGUCUCUCAAAAAAAAGUUACAACAACAUGGCUUUGAUGUUCCUUUGAACGGAGGUUGCAGUCACUACCCCGCAGAACGCCUGAGCCAAAACCCUUGCCCUCUUUCUUCUCAACCUCCUCCUUAACAUCAGGCUAUUGUGCAUGUUCUGGCUCCGUCGCAACAACAACUGCAUCAUCGCCAGGUACUCCAUGCUGGCUACUGUCAUACACAGGAAACUUUAGGUUACUUCCGUAAACACUGGUCAUGCUCACUGCGUGUGACGUCGUCGUAUCCUGCAAUGCGCAUGCGGAACACUUUUAGGUCGCUUUUCGUUCAUACUGAGGAUCACAUACAAGUCGCAUAUAUUUGUUAAUGUGAACGACCUCACAAAAAAAUCGGAUUUCACAAAAAAAUCGGAAUUGAGCAUUAAGCCUCGCAGUGUGAACGUAGUGUUAUACUGCACCCUUAUCAACAAAUGUCACAACAUGAAGAAAAGGUUCCGAGGAUGUACGUAUAAAUGUCCUGCUAAUAUUUUUUAACAUCUUUUUUUUCUUAUUAUUAGGAAACUACUAAGGAACCGUCUUUAACAUUUGUUACUAAAAUGUCGCAGUAUUUUUUUAAGUAUGAAGGACAUGUUCUCAUAAAACCUAUAAAUAUAUAUGGACAACUUUUUGUUAACCCUUAAAUUACAAACUGGAUGCACCAUGUGAUUUUAUCAUGGUGGCAAACUUCCUGUCUGAACCAGAACCAAACAUCCAGGGGGCGGAGUCAGGCCUGAUACGACACGAUUCAGCAGCCUCCCAUCGCACUUUGUUCAUUCUGUUCCUGAAAUUUCAAUUAAGCCCUGAAGAUUCAAAGAUGUUUUUUUUUUUUUUUAAAUGUAUGUUCACGUGACCAUGAAUUUUGCCGCAAUCAGAAAUUCUCCAACGCGCUCGUUCCGGGUUUGCCGUCGUUUAAGACCAGGGGGAAAAAAUGACCAACCUGUGAAAUGCACCAUUUUAUAAAAAUGGUUUGUUAUAUUAAAUAAAAUCGUCUUUAUAUAUUUGACACGGAUAAAGCCGAUUCAUGCAGAAAUCCAAAAAAAAAAAAAUCUCAGAGGUUCUAAAUCUCACAACUGUAACUGCUUUUCUGAAUGUCCAGUUAACACGCAGCCUACAUCGCUGUCAAACUGUAUUGUAAACGUCUGUGGGGGGGGAAUGAGUGAAGCCGUAUUUACACUGUGUAUAUUUGAAAUCGAGAACCAGCCUCAAAAUUAAUGUAAUUAUCUACAAGACAAAUAAAAAGCUGUCUUUUUUUUUCUAAAGCACAAACACACACAGUAUAAGCAGAUGAUCGGACUUUUAAUGCUCAAACACAACACACACCAACAACUAACCAGCGGACAACCACGUCUCCAUGAGGUCAAUCCCGUACCCUUGGCUCUCAUUUACAACAGUAUUAAGGCCAUUUUAGGUAUUUAAAAAAAAAAAAAAACAUGGAGCUGGGGGAGGGGUGAUAUUCCAAGGAAAAAAACUCAGGAUUUUUGAGAUUAAUGUAAAAAAAAUUAUGAAGAAAAAAAAGUGUCAUACAUUUACAAGAAGAAAAAAGUCACAAAUUUGCGAGGAAAAAGGUCACAAAUUUACAAGAACAAAAGUAGUCACAAAUUUACGAGAAUAAAAAAAAGUCACAAAUUUACAAGGAGUCAUAAAUUUAUGAGGAAAAGUCACAAGUUUAUGAGAAUAAAAAAAAAGUCACAAAUUUACAAGAAUAAAAAAAGUCACAAAUUUAAGAGGAAAAAAGUCACAAAUUUAAGAGGAAAAAAGUCACAAAUUUAUGAGCAGAAGUCACAAAUUUACGAGGAAAAAAAUUUGCAAAUUUACAAGAAGAAAAAGUCACAAAUUUAUGAGCAGAAAAAAAGUCACAAAUUUACGAGGAAAAAAUUUUGCAAAUUUACAAGGAGAAAAAGUCACAAAUUUACAAGAAUAAAAAAGUCAAGUUUACAAGUAAAUAAGUCACAAAUUUAUGAGGAAAAAUUUCACAAAUUUAUGAGGAAAAAAACCUGCAAAUUCACAAGAAGAAAAAGUCACAAAUUUAUGAGAAUAAAAAAAGUCAGAAAUUUGAGCAGAAAAAAGUCGCAAAUUUACAAGAAAAAAAUGUUGCAAAUUUACGAGGGCAAAGUCACAAAUUUAUGAGAAAAAAGUCGCAAAUUUACAAGAAGAAAAAUGUUGCAAAUUUACGAGGGCAAAAAGUCACAAAUUUAUGAGAAGAAAAAACCUCACUAAUUUACAAGGAAAAAAGUCACACAUUUACAAGAAUAAAAAAAAAAGUCGUAAAUUUACGAAAAGAAAAAAAAUCACAAAUUUAGGACAGGAAAAAAGUCAGAAAUUUACAGGAAGAAAAAAGUCACAAAUUUUAUGAGUAGAAAAAAAAGUCACAAAUUUACAAGAAGAGUCACAAAUUUAUGAGGAACAGUCACAAGUUUACGAGAAUAAAAAAAAAGUCACAAAUUUGCAAGAAUAAAAAAAGUCAAAUUUAUGAGGAAAAAAAGUCACAAAUUUAUGAGCAGAAGUCACGAAUUUACGAGGAAAAAAAUUUGCAAAUUUACAAGAAAAAGUCACAAAUUUACGAGAAUAAAAAAAUGUCAAGUUUACAAGGAAAUAAGUCACAAAUUUAUGAGCAGAAAAAAGUCACAAAUUUACAAGAAUAAAAAAAAAGUCACAAAUUUAUGAGAAUAAAAAAAGUCAGAAAUUUGAGCAGAAAAAAGUCGCAAAUUUACAAGAAAAAAGUUGCAAAUUUACGAGGGCAAAGUCACAAAUUUAUGAGAAAAAAGUCGCAAAUUUACAAGAAGAAAAAAAGUCGUAAAUUUACGAAAAGAAAAAAAGUCACAAAUUUAGGACAGGAAAAAAAAGUCAGAAAUUUAGGACAGGAAAAAAAAGUCAGAAAUUUACAGGAAGAAAAGUGUCACAAAUUUUAUGAGUAGAAAAAAAGUCAAAAAUUUACAAGAAAAGUCACACAUUUACAAGAAUAAAAAAGGUCACAAAAUUAUGAGAAACAAAACCCAGAAAAAUUGUGAUUUUUUUUUUUUUUUUUUGCUACCAAGGAACCACAUUGACACCAGAGCCUGCGUGUCCCACAUCUCUCAUCUGAGGCGUUUCAGAGUGACACAGAUUUGUACAGACGAGGAGAAACCACUCGCUGAAAGUCACAGGAAACUGCUCUUACACAAUAAUUAUACAUUAUAAACAGAAAGACAAAGACAGGACACGGAUAAACAAACCUGUGGUUUACCCAUUCAUCCCUCACUGCAUCCAGGAAGCGCAGCAAUCACAGGCUUCCCAGCUGCAGUGCAUUCUGGGGAACGUAGUUGAAAAUCUGUUACGCUUUUCUUUUAGACUGUGUUUCCUCAAACUCUCAGCUCAGCCGUGGCGUCUGUGGUGUCAUGAUAUUGAUCCAACCUUUUUUUAAAGUCACUUUUUCUGAAUUUUGUUUCUCGUAAACCAAGUUUUUUCUCGCAAAUUUCACUUUAACCUUUGAGUUUUUUCCCUCAGAAUAUGACCCCCUCCCCCAUUCUGUAAUUUACCUACAAUGGCCCCAAUACGUCGUCGUACUCAUCUCGAUCUCGCCUUCUUUUUUCUUCUUCUGUUUUUGCGAGCUUCUGCAAUACCGGUGUCGUUCAAUAAUGAGAAAGAGUGAAAGGAUGAAGAAUAAGCUGUUCUAUUUUUAUAAUGAUAAACAGAAGCAGGAAGCCCAAAGAGCCCCGUGUGUGUGUGUGUGUGUGUGUGUGUCCAUCCUAUGGACUCCCUGCUCCUGAAGAUGUUGAGAUAUUAAAGGAAAGUGCCUGAACAACCUGCUCCAUGUUUCUUGUGUACAUUUCGAGAAAUCGCAGUGAUGUGUAAAAGUCUUCACACCCCUCCGAGCUCCUGACUGACUGGUCAGAAGGCGUGGGUCGUACUUGCGCGAGCUCUCUCAGCAUCGUCUUUUUUUAUUUCGGUGAAAUCCUCUUUUAAAGGAAAUGUGUGUUCAAUGUUACAGCAUCCUGUCUACAGGAAGUGACAGAACAAUUACAGGAUGUCUCACAAUGACAAUCUUUAAACUCCAAAUGAACAUCUCUGCUGUCUGUAAUGAAGCGGUCGAAAGAGAAAGUGGCUCGUGUUUACAGGGACGUCCUGCUGGAGCUCGAGGUUUUUCAAACCAGGUCUAUAGACAGAGAAAAACUUGAUCCCAGAUUAGCAAUUUUUUUUAUGUUCAAGUUUAUUUUUUAAAUAAAAUAAAGGUUAUCUUCAAGCCUGCGCUGGGAAAUUUAUGGCACUGUGGGAAAUAAACAGUGAAAUAAAAUCCACAGAUUAAAAAAAGCCAAAUCCGUGUCCACAAACAGCAGUUUUUUUAUCAUACAGGGACUGCAGAUCAGAAACACAGACGAAAGGAACUUGGUGUAAAAGUGAAAGGUUUUAUUGACUGAGGGGGUGUGAUGUGACACACGUCCAAGCAGAACACAACACCAACACACAGAGAGAGAGAGAGAGAGAGAGAGACACACACACACACACAUAUACAGGAGACAGAGAGACAAAGACAAAAAGAGAGACACAGAGAGAGACAGACAUACAGAGAGAGACUCAGACAGAGAUACACACACGAGAGAGAGACACAGACAGACACACACAGGAGACAGAGAGACAAAACAAAGAGACACACACAAGAGAGAGACAGAGAGACAUCAAGUCAGAGAGAGACAUAGAGAGACUCAGACACACGGGAGAGAGGGAGAAAAAGAGAGAGAGACAGACAGACACACACACAGGAGACAAAGACAAAAAGAUAGACAGAGAGAGGUGCAUACACCAAGUCAGAGACACACAUACAGAGAGAGAGAGAGACAGACUCAAAAGACAGAGACACACGGAGAGAGAGACAGCCACAGAGAUAGAGACACACAGAAGAGAGAGAAAGAGACAGAGAGAGACACACACAGAGGAGACACGAGAGAGACUCAAAGACAGAGAGAGGAGAGAGACACACAUGCAGAGAGAGAGAGACUCAGACAGAGAGAGGAGAGAGAGAGACACAUACAGAGAGAAGGACAUGCAUACACAGAGGGAAGGAGAGAGAGACACAGACUCAAAAGACAGAGAAAGAGAGAGACCCGAAGACAGAGACACAGAGAGAGAGAGACCCGAAGACAGAGACACAUGGAGGGAGAGUGAGACACACACAGGGGAGAGUGAGAGACACAGAGAGAGAGAGGGGCAGAGAGACAGACAUGCAUACAGAGGGAGGGGGAGAGAGAGAGGACAGGAGUACACAGAGGGAGAGACAGAGAGGAGGACAGGCAUAUACAUAGAGAGACACACAGAGAGGGGAAAGGCAUACACAGACAGAACGAGAGAGAAAUACAGAAAGGGACACACACACACACACACACACACACACACAGUGGGAGUCUGAAAGCGAUCCAGAAGGAUCCCCACAGAUAGACAAGGGGACAGAGACAGACAGACACCUGACCAUAUGAGACUUUUAUUAAACUCCAGUGGGACUCUGCAGGCUACAACGACGUCCUCCUGUGAUAUUAAAGCACAGCACAACCACCACCUUCUCACAGGAACAAUGAAAAUACAACACGGGACUCACUGAACUCAUGAGGAAUAUUUCAGUAGAACGAUACUCCAUGUGCUUCAGGGGGAGUUCGAUGAUGAUGUGAUCAAAUACUGGUGAAGGUUUGAGGUUAUUAGAUUGAGGUUAAGAUGCACAACUCGGUGCACAAUUACACGCCGUCCUUCUCUCACAGGGGCACUGACCUCACACCUGUCUCGUGCUAGAGACACCGGUCUCCGGACGAGCAGACGUCCUCUCACUCCAGGAAACACACACACCAGGAAGCUGUUGUGCGUGACAUGCAACAAUCAGUCAGGGGUGGAAGUAGUGCAGGCAAGACAGUGUGUGUGUGUGUGUGUGUGUGUGUGUGUGUGUGUGUGUGUGUGUGUGUGAGAUCAUGUCAAGGUCACUCAUAUCAAUGGCUGAAAAAGAAAAGUGCAGACAGGAAGGGGGGGAACGGAGACAGAGAGGAAAGAAAAACCACACACAUUCUGACAACUUUCAAACAAACUUUCCCACGCUGCUCUAGGGCGGUGAGCCGGAGACAAUGAUGCACGGUGUGUGUGUGUUGUCUCCAUGCUGCUAUACACACCUUUGUUUGCCGAAUAUCUGCAGUCAUGAAUGAAACGACGCAUGGUGCGUGUUUGAUGUGUGACCUCUGACCUCCUGCGUGAUGAAUUUCAUUAAAAAAAAUCCUAAUCA